AUGAACGGAUGCAAAGCAAACCCAACUGUGGAAGAUUACUAUACGACUCUCGAAUCGCGCUUAGGCUACCGCAUCCUCCUAGGUAAUGCGCGACACUGUGGCUAUUGGGAGCCAGGAACUUUGUGGCCUUUCCCCAUCGGCCGCGCUCAAAGGACUAUGGAAGAGAAACUUCUUGACCGGCUUGGUCUGGCAGAUGGGUCGAGAGUGCUCGACGCAGGAGCUGGAUCUGGUAUCGUUGCUAGCUAUUUAGCGAACCACGGACUACGUGUGGACGCUAUCGAUCUGCUUCCUAGGCACGUUGCAGAUGCUCCUCGUAGGAUCCAUCGAAGCGGUCUACAGGACUUGGUAGAUAUACAUCUCGCCGACUAUCAUCAUAUUCCUGUGGCUCUCUUCCCAGAUCAAUCCUUUGAUGGUGUUUUUACGAUGGAAACUUUUGUACACGCCGACGAGCCUCUUAAAGUACUCAACAACUUUUAUCGACUACUUCGUCCGGGAGGGGUCCUUGUGCUUCACGAGGCAGACUUCUAUUGGGAAUCCCAUACACUACAAGAGAUUCUCCGUCUCUCCCAUUGCGGUAACGCUUUGAGGGAAGGCGAAUACGAGCGACUUCUGUAUACGGCGGGCUUUCGAGACAUUUCUGUCAAGGACUAUACGGCCAACGUCCUGCCGCUAUGGAGACUGUUCGGCAUGCUUAGCAUCAUUCCGUAUGGAUUUGCGCGACUUUUAGGUAUCCAGAAUCGGAUUCCAAACACAAUGGCCGGUGCAGAAAUAUACAGGUAUUGGGGUCAAGGCCGGUAUAUCGCCGUCAAGGCCAUUAGGCCAAUCAGUAAUGAGGGCCAGUGA